AUGGAUAAAAGUUGGUUGAAGCUUAGGAAUAGAGGAGACCAAAGAUAUAGAGAUGGAGUAGACGGUUUUCUUAGUUGGGCAUUCAACCAACCAAGGGUGAGCACUAUGAUUCGAUGUCCUUGUAAAGGGUGUAUGAAAACUGUGUUCAAGCUAAGGACCGAUGUAAGAGGAGACUUAUUGAGGAAGGGUUUCUGGGAUUCUUAUAAAGUGUGGGACUUGCAUAGAGAACUGUUAGUUAGAGGUGAAAAUUCUAAUGUACCACGCAAUGAUGAAGUAGGAGAUGAUAACAUUGAAGAGGAUAAUAUUACAGAAAUGAUUCACGAUGCUUGUGGAUACACUAAUGUGGCAGAUGAUAAUAAUUUUUCAGAGGAUAAUGAAGAGCCAAAUAUACAUGCAACAAAGUUCUACAAAUUAUUAGAAGAUGCUCAAAUUGAACUUUAUCCUGGUUGUAGUAAAGUCUCAAAGUUGUCUUUUGUUGUUAAACUACUUCACUUGAAGUGCCUUAACCAUUGGAGCAACAAAUCGAUGGAUGAACUGUUGAGCUUUUUGAAAGAAGUUCUUCUGGAGGGGUCGUUUGUACCAAAUUCUUUCUAUGAAGCGAAGAAAGUUCUUCGUGACCUAGGGUUGGGGUACAACAAAAUAGAUGCAUGUCAGAAUGAUUGUAUUUUAUAUUGGCGCGAUUAUGCCAAUGCUCAAUCAUGUCCUAAGUGUGGUAAGUCUAGAUGGAAGUCAGACGAACAAAAAGGAAAGAAAGUAGCUUGUAAAGUAUUGCGACAUUUUCCAAUCAAACCAAGGCUUCAGAGAUUGUACAUGGCAAAAGAGACAGCAAAAAAGAUGAGGUGGCACAAAGAGGAAAACAUUGAUGAUGGUGUCUUGCGACAUCCGUCCGACUCCAUUGCCUGGAAAUCCUUUGAUGAGCGACAUCCCACCUUUCAGCUGAAUUAA